AUGCAGGAUCCAAAGCGGCUCCCUGCAGCACUAGUCAAUCCUGCGAAUCCUGCGAAUCCUGGAAUCAUGCGAGUCCAUUUCCCUGUACCAGGGGCCAAGGGCCAAGGGGGGCGGUUAAUUCUUGUGCAGCACAGGACAAAAGUCCCGGAUGAUCAGCGCGGACAGCUACGUGGUCAGAUCUAG